AUGCAACCUUCUGCCUCUAAACUCGUGUCGUCUCGCUCCUUUUGGUCUGUUCGCUGGCCUGUCAUGCUCCAAAUCUUUUUGGAUAUUGACAUGAUCUGUCAUCCUGAUGCUGAAUUUACUGGUAAAGCUCUGGACUUGUCUGGUUCUGCCUUUCUCGACUGGUUGACCCCGGUUUCCUCAACUACCUCUGUUUCGGGUACGCCUUCUAUCUCUUCCUCAGAUAGUGCUGGUAUUACUGUCGCUAUUCCACAUCUUUUGUCUCACUAA